AUGAUGUCGGAAGCUGGAGGAUCGACGGCUUCGUCGUUCGGAGCCGGCGGAGGAUCCGCCGGAGACGGCGGCGGGUCGGGGAGGAGGAAGCCGUCGUGGAGGGAGAGAGAGAACAACCGGAGGAGAGAGAGGAGGAGGAGAGCAAUUGCGGCCAAGAUUUAUGCUGGGUUAAGGGCACAGGGCAAUUACAAUCUGCCAAAACAUUGUGAUAAUAAUGAAGUUCUAAAAGCCCUCUGUGCUGAAGCUGGCUGGGUCGUUGAGCCUGAUGGCACUACUUAUCGCAAGGGAUGCAAGCCAACCCCGAUGGAAACCGGGGGAACCUCCGCCAACAUCACCCCAUGCUCCUCCCGUAACCCGAGCCCACCUUCCUCCUACUUCGCAAGCCCCAUCCCUUCCUACCAGCCAAGCCCAUCCUCCUCCUCCUUCCCCAGCCCGGCCCGCCACAACGGGCCCACCGAACCCCCUUCUUCAGCCCACCCAUUCGCCUUCCUCCUCAACUCAAUCUCUUCAUCGCUACCCCCACUUCGGAUUUCCAACAGUGCCCCCGUGACCCCUCCCCUCUCUUCCCCCACCCGAGACCCAUCCAAGAUGGUAACCUUCAACUUGGAGGCCCUCGCCAAGGAGUCCAUGUCGGCCCUCAAGGUCCCGUUCUAUGCAGCCUCAGCACCGGCCAGCCCAUCCCGGGCCCACCUCGGGUUCACGCCCGCUACCAUUCCAGAGUGUGACGAGUCCGAUACUUCCACCGUGGACUCGGGCCGGUGGAUGAACUUCCAGGGUUACGCAGCGGCGGCUGGGCCGGCCUCGCCCACGUUCAACCUCAUGAGGCCCGUGGAGGCCCGGGAAGAAGGCCCGCUGCUGCCUGGGGGUGGUGACGUGACGGAUAAGGGAAAGGGGGUGGACUUCGGGGUCGAGGCGGUCAAGCCGUGGGAAGGGGAGAGGAUUCACGAGGUGGGAAUGGAUGACCUCGAGCUCACGCUCGGAAGUGGUAACACUCGAGCUUGA